UUCAAAAUUGAAAAAAUAAUUCAACAAUUUCUCACCUGAAUCAAUCGAAUUACCACAUUCGUGUCUAUUCGAACAUUUUGAAUUAGCGCUUCUAUUUGGUAGAAACUAAAUGUGUAACAUUCAUUAUGGAACAAAAUUCUUACAGUAACAUUCCAAGUAUUGCUGGUUCACAAAAUGAACUGGAUCCAGAGGCACAACAUUGCUUUUUACAAAGUCAACUUGCCCAACCAUCUCCAAUGCAACCACCUCAUCACGAUAAUACUGUCCAACCACCAUCGACACCAAGUCAGCAACAUUCACCGCCAUCAAAACAACAACAAAAUAAUGACAAUCAAAAUGCUUCUUCUCCUUCUCCUUCUCCCACAUCAACUGAUGUGCCAAAUGAAACCAAUGUUCAAUCGGAGAAAUCUAAACAAAAUAAUCAAAACAAUAAUCAAAAUAAUAAUAAUAAUAAUAAUAAUACUGUUUCAACACCAGCCAAAGAUGAACCGGCAACUCCAUCAUCGAAUCUGUUUCAAAGUUAUCCAGGACCGAUGACUCCUCGUACGCCGAUCACGCCAAUGUCUGUUGAUUCACAAAUUGUACCGCAAUUACAGAACAUUGUAUCCACAGUUGAUUUAGGUUGUAAAUUAGAUCUUAAACGAAUAGCAUUACAUGCAAGAAAUGCCGAGUACAAUCCAAAACGUUUUGCCGCAGUUAUAAUGCGAAUUCGUGAGCCAAGAACUACUGCUUUGAUAUUCAGUUCGGGUAAAAUGGUUUGUACUGGAGCCAAAAGUGAAGAUAUGUCUCGACUUGCAGCUCGAAAAUAUGCUCGAAUUGUGCAAAAACUUGGUUUUGAAGCAAAAUUUUCUGAAUUUAAAAUCCAAAACAUGGUCGGCAGCUGUGACGUGCGAUUUCCCAUUCGUUUGGAAGGACUUGUUCUCACCCAUAGCCAAUUCUCAAGUUAUGAACCGGAAUUAUUUCCUGGUCUCAUUUAUCGUAUGGUCAAACCUAGGAUUGUAUUAUUGAUAUUCGUAUCGGGCAAAGUAGUAUUAACUGGCGCUAAAGAACGUAACGAAAUCUAUCAAGCAUUCGAAAAUAUUUAUCCAAUUUUAAGAAGUUUUAGAAAACAAUGAUUUCUUUUUACUUUAUUCUGUCAUUUGUUGGCAUUUUGUUUUCACCAUUGAAUAUAUACAUGCACAUCAUUCGAAUAAUUAAAAUUCUUUCAAACCAUGUGAAAAAAUAACGAACAAUCAGAAUGAUAAUAUGAUGAUACGUAUAACCUCCUUACGUAUAUUAACCCUAUAUAUGGGGUUAAUGAUAUUUUCUAUAAAACUUUUUUUUCUAAUUAACAAAAAUCAUUCAUUUCUGACAAUUACGAACUGAAUUCUUCUCUUGUUUUUAAUAUUUUAAAAACUAGAUGGAAGUAUACGUUUUAGGAUUUUACUAUUGUGUGGAAUUAAGAUUCAAAUAUAUGA